GUAUCCAUAGCAAUACUGGACAUCGAGCUUCUGAUACAAUCAUUACGGUAGCGCCAAAACUGCGGGCGGCGCUCUGUGCUGAUUAAAAUCCCGCCUGUCUGACACUGCGCUCCGGUACUGAGUUCCUCUGCAAAGGCACUGCUGGGCAGGUCUUGCUUGAUGUUUCUAUCGUCUACUAGCGUGGAACUCUGAGCUGUUAUCAUCCUCCAGGACUGACGGUUUCUCCCCCUCUCAGGUUCGACAGAGAGGCCAUUUCCCCCAACCCCACCCCCCUUCCCCCUCUGCGUUCCUGUGAUAAUCCAACUGUCCACUUCCGGCUGGCCACGCCCGGAGAGACCAACACAAAGAGAGGAACCGAGCAAGAGAGAGAGAAGCGGAUCGCUCUGAUUGACUCGACACACCGAAAGUCAGUCACCACCUCACCAGAGAGGAGAGAAGCCUGACUCUUCUCCCCUUCGGCCCUCACUGCUAGAUCCAGAAUGGCGGACGGUCAGCGGUCCGAGGACAGCGCCCCCCAGUGGAACCCUUCAGGAAGGCAAGAUCCGUCGGCCCCACACGGCGCCAACGGCUUCUCCUCUUCCUCCUCCACCACCACCACAACUUCCUCCUCCUCCUCCUCCUCCGCCUCAGCCUACAGGGCCUGCCAGCCAGGGGCCACCGGGCCCUUCUCUUCAGCCAGGGAGAAUGGCUUCAACGGGGUCAUGAGCGGGGCCCAUCCUGUGACCGCCGAGCAAGUGUCCGCACGGAUCGUACAGGAAGUGACUGCGGAGGCGGUGGCGGUUCUGAAAGGAGAGCAGGAGAGCCUAGCGGACACGGCCAAGAGGCUUCCUUCAGUUGAAGACACCACCAACUUGCCCCCCUCUCCACCUCCUUCCCCUGCUGCGCAACACUUCGGCCCGCUGGAACGAGAUGUAGGGGAUGAGGAGGAGGCGGGGCCUCUCAGGCGCUUCCAAAACUCCCGUGAGAGGUGCAAGUUCCUCGCCCCCUCCAUCUCUGUGUCCGUGCCCGAGGACGAGCCCUACCACUCCGACGAGGAGUACUAUGAGCACCCCUUGUUCAGCCCAGAGUGGACACGCUCCGGCGUGCGCCCUGUGCAGGCCGUGCCCUUUAGACAGAUCGAAGAAGAAGAAACCAUGGAGGCUCUUACAGCCGACUACGAGGAGGAAGUGGAGGAGGAAGAGGAGGAGGAGGAGAGUACAGAAGCAGCAGAAUCUGAGGCAGCUAUUGAGGAGCAGCAGUGGAGCGGGGAUGAGCCUGAACUGGAAAGCCCCCCAGCUGAAGCCUUAGGGCAGGCAGAGGCUGUAGGAGAGGUCCAGGCUCCGGCCCAGGAUCAGGUCCCAGCAGUUAUUGCUGUCUCAGACAGCUCUGUGGACAGAGAGAUGGAGGAGGUGGAGCAGGAGGAGCAGGAUGAGAAGGAGGAAGAGCAGGAAGCAGAGGGUGAGGAGAGCCCUAAGAAAGCGUUGAAGAUGGAAUCGGAAAAGCAAGACAGUGAGCAGAGCGAGUCCAUGAGCCCAUGCAGCAUCGGCUCCGACAAGCGUGCCGAAGACAGCGCCGAGCCCCAGAUGCAGGAGUUCUUUGCUGGGGAAAGGAUGGUUCCGGAGAGUCCCACCAUGGACAUGCCCUGCUUUGUUCCUGCAAGUACGCCAAAUCAAGCCAAAGAACCGACACGGUCAAUGACCCUGCAGCCUAUGUAUGGAGAACCCAUAACCGUAUCUGAGAAGCAGCCUUCGGUGGAGUUGGUUGAAUUCACCACCGUCAUCGAACCUUCUGAAUUCUCUCCUUUGGAGGUCAAAGCCCAUGGAGGAGAUGCCGCGAUGGAGACGCGUGACAAAUCUGGGAUGUCAACGUAUUUUGAAACCUCUACUGUGGAUGUUGACGAAGCUCCACGUAAUAGAGCAGAAGGUUACUAUGAACUGAGCACAGUUGGAGAGGAGAACACUGAAACUGAUUCUUUGACCCAAGAAAUCAGCUACAGCACCCUUGCUCAGAUCCAGGAAUUGCCAGGAACCAAUAAAGGCUCAACAGAAGACACCAGGAGUUUCUUGGCUCCUGACAGGAAUAAUGAUUGCAAGUUGUCCCCUGGCAAAUUAGCUUUAGAUCAGAGGAGUUACUCCCUUAAUAUUACUAUUGGCGCAAUGGAUUCCAGUGGGCAAGGCAAACCUAGAAACCUCUCUCCUCUAGCUACGGAUAUAAUGUCCUAUACCAGUGGAAGUCUAGAUGAUACGGCAGACUACCUCCCAGUGACUACCCCCUCUGUAGAGAAACCGUCACCCUUUCCUCCCUUGAUCCUGGAGACUGCCGCCUCAGUCACUUCAGAUUGUUCCUCUCCUCCACAGAGUUCUGGGCAAGCUACAAUAUCCAGCCCUCAGCCAGAGUCUCCUGGAUCCCCUGAGGACUCCAAGUAUUCCUAUAAAAAUGGUACAGUUAUGGCACCAGACCUGCCUGAAAUGCUAGACCUUGGGACACGCUCUAGGCUGGCGUCGGAUAAUACUGACCCAGAAAUCAUGCCAAAAAAAUCUGAGGCCCCCGCUGAAGUGUUCACUGGUGACCCGAUGGCUAGUUUCGUCGCAGGACAAUUAAGCCACUCAGUCAGCAAAUCCGACAGCCAGAUAGAAGAGAUGGGCUAUUGUGUGUUUAGUGAAUAUUCAGGGCCCAUGCCAUCCCCUGCUGAUGUCCUAAGCCCUAUAGGUUCAUCCGCUCAAGCCUUUACCCCCUCGGUCCUUGAGGCAAAAAUGGCUGAGCAGGCUAGAAAACAAGCAGUUAGAGACACAUCAAUGGACGACAAGAACCAGUCCAUAGAGGUUGUGGAUGGUGACAUAAAACUAGACCAAAAUCAGACAGGCAAAAAGGAUGCAGAUGAAGAAAAGGUUGAGGCAGAUAAAGUGAAGCUGGAUAUUUCUGAAAUUAAACCUGAGACCAUAAAACCAAGCCCACCCACCGAGGCAUUCGUAACACCAACUGUGACGGUCACUCUGGAAGAAGGCGGGAGAUGUGGGAGCGAGGCCGAACAGCAGCACAGCGGCGACGGUUCCGUGUCGGACACCGAGAUUGCAGACUAUGAGAGGCAGAUACGGAAGUUGGAGAUGGAGGACCGUCCUCUCAGCAUGGAGGAAGAGCGAGAGCUCCAGGAACUGAGAGAAAAGGUCAAGCUGGUUCACCAGGAGGCCUACGAAGAGGUGGACGCCGAAGAGAUGUACCAGUUGACCGGAGUGGCCAAAGACCACAUCGCCAAGCCUGCCAAAACCUCCCCAGCCUCGUCUGUUGACAGCGUUAUUGAUGAUGACAAGUUGCUCUCUCCAGUGCUCUCCCCAGCCAAGCGACAAGUAGAAGCCUAUGGUUCUCCCAAAAGAGUGAUCUCACCAGUGUUGGGUACAAGCAAGGACGAGGCAGAGAGAAAUCGAAGGGAACAGAAGGAAGCAGAAAAGAAAGAGAAGGAUGAGGUUGAGAGGAAAAUGAAUGAAGAGAAACAGAAGAAAGAAGAAGAGCAGAGAGAGAGGGUGGUAAUGGAAGAGAAAUCUAAACUUGAGGCAGAGAGGAAGUUGAAGGAGGAGCAAGAAAUAAAAGAGAGGGAGAUUAGAAAGAAAGAAGAGGAUGAAAAGAUUGAGAAAGAAAUGAAAGCCCAAAGGGAGAAAGGGGACAGAGAACGGGAAGAGAAAGAGAAGAUAGCGAAAGAGUUUGAGAAGGAAAAGCAAGAGAGAGAGCAAAGAGAGAAAAUAGAAAAGGAAGAGAAUGAUAAGAAGGAAAAGGAAGAGAGAGAAAAGAAGGAGCGGGAAGAGAAAGAAAAGGAGAAGGCAGAGAAAGAAAAGAAGGAGAAGGAAGAGAUAGAAAAGGAGAAGGCAGAGAAAGUAAAGAAGGAGAAGGAAGAGAUAGAAAGGAAGGAAAAGGAAGAGAUAGAAAAGAAAGAGAAGGAAGAGAAAGAAAAGAAGGAGAAGGAAGAGAUAGAAAAGGAGAAGGCAGAGAAAUUAAAGAAGGAGAAGGAAGAGGGAGAAAGGAAGGAGAAGGAAGAGAUAGAAAAGAAGGAAGUUGAGGAGAAAGCAAAGAGGGAAAAGGAAGAGAAAGAAAAUAACCAGAACAUUCCUGAGCCUAAACCUGCGACAAGUGUUGGGGCGGCUUUGGGGGCCACCGAAACUGUUGUUGGAGUGAAGUUAGGUGAAAAAGAUGCAAAUCUCACUGCGAAGGAUUCUUUGGAAGCGCAGGAGGAUGAGGAUGAUAUCGAGGUGUUGGACGGGACCGGGGAAAAAGCUGGGACUUCCACGCAGGCUUGCAAGGAGAUCCCAGAGCCCCGUGCGGCAAUCGAGUCGGUGGUAACCGUGGAGGAUGACUUCAUCACUGUCGUCCAGACCAUCGAUGAAGAAGGAGAGGAGCCGGGACACAGCGUUCGCUUCUCCGCUCCCCCGGAGACUGCAGUCCACCAUGUCCCUGGUGCCGAAGAGGAAGAGGAGUGUGUGGAGGAGGCUGAAGAGGCUGAGAUGGAGGCUGGCAGUCUAGAGGAGAUAUUGGAUGUCCCUGAGGCCCAAGAGAUACCCUCCUCUCCAGAUAAGGAGGCCAAGACCACGGAGACAGAGGGACGGACAGAGAGCUACGACAGAGAUGAAACCACCAUCGACGACUCCAUCCUGGACAGCUCCUGGAUCGACACCCAAGACGAUGAUAGGAGCAUGGCCACAGAGAUGGAACAGCUGCCAUUGGCGCAUGAUGCUGCAAAGACGUCUGACCUGAAGCAGGAGAAGCUGCAAACCAAGCAAGAGAAGGCAGUGAAGACAAUGGCUAAAGAGAGCAGGGCCAAGGGCCGCGUGUCCACACCAGAACGCAAGCCCGUGCGUAAGGAACCAGUCUGCAUCCCCAGGGAGGAGGCUAAAAAGAAAAAAGCGGUGAUCAAGAAGACAGAGCUGACCAAGAAGGCAGAGACCCGGUCCCCUGCCAGGAGGAGCACCAUGAAGCCCUCCGCGCGCCAGACGCGGCCCAUCCAGCACCACUCCUGUCCCAGGAGGAGGGUUACAGCCACUUCCACAGACGGCCGCCACCCCUUCAGCGUUGCAAGGCAGUCCCUGGACCGAGUGCCACAUCAGUGCCAUACUAAACGCUUGCAACCUACAAAGAUCCCUGCACUGAAAUCACGGGUGGUUAAAAGCCUUCCCCACCUGCCAGCUCGGCCAAGCUCCGCCUCCUCCUGCAAAUCACAGUUGGCACAGGACUUAGAUAGGCUCCGCCCAUCGUCAGCUGAGCCUCUGUUCCCUUUGUCGCAUAGAGCCUUAGGCAAGAAGGACGGAAGGUCAUGCAGCCCAGAGCAGCGCGCCUCCGUGCCACGGCCGGCCUCCAUCUUGACCCGCCACGGUCGCCACGGCGGCCACGGCGGCCACGACCAAGAGGAGAGCUCCACCUCCAUCACCAGCUCGGGAUCCACUGCUCCACGCAGACCCACCUCGUUCCGCACCGAGAUGAAGGCCGAACACAGGCUUGGACGCGCCUCUAGCAUGUCGGGCCUCGCGCUGGUGCGUUCCCGCUCAGCGCGCAGCGGCCACUCCACCCCCCGCGGCGGGGGCUCCGCGGCCGUCACCCCCGGCACCCCGCCCAGCUGCCCCAGCUCGUCACGCCACCCGGCCACGCCGCGCUCCCUCAGCCUCAUCUCCCAGGAGCGCCGGGCGGUGACGGUGGCGGUGGUGCGCACGCCGCCCAAGUCCCCCGCCACCACCCCCAAGCAGCUGCGCAUCCUCAACCAGCCGCUGCCCGACUUCAAGAACGUCAAGUCCAAGAUCGGCUCGACAGAGAACAUCAAGUACCAACCCAAAGGAGGGCAGAAGUGCAGGGGCCCCAAUCUGCCAACCAUGGCCAAACGUGGCGCCUCGUGGAUCUGGAAGUCCGUGCUGCGUGUGGUCACGGUCACCCUGUAUCUAUCGGCCGCACACAGUGUGACCUGGACCAAAGACCCGCUGAUGCAGAUUUUAAACAAGAAGCUGGACUUCAGCCGCGUACAGUCAAAGUGCGGCUCCAGGGAUAACCUGAAGUACACUCCCCGCGGAGGCAAUGUACAGAUCCAGAACAAGAAGAUAGACUUGAGUCAUGUGACCUCAAAAUGUGGAUCCCUGGACAACAUCCACCAUAGACCAGGGGGCGGCAACAUCCGCAUCGAGAGCGUCAGGCUGGACUUCAAAGACAAGGCCCAGGCCAAGGUUGGCUCCCUGGACAAUGCAGGGCAGCCCAUCGGCCGUGGCCCCUUUCUGAUCGAGAGCCACAAGGUGAUGUUCCAGGCCAAGCCGCGGGACCCCGGCGCGGACAUCGUGGUCACGUCGCAGUCAGAGGGCGAGGGUGCCGAGGGGGGGUCCCCGGGGGGCCGGCUGCUGUCCUCCUCCGGCAGCCUCGACAUGCUGGAGUCCCCGCAGCUGGCAACGCUGGCCGAGGACGUCACGGCCGCCCUGGCCAAGCAGGGAUUGUGAGCCACCGUAGGUGCACCACCCUUACCCCCCCGCCGCCCCGGCCGCGACCUCCACCACCGCUCUUCUUCCGGAAGUCCACUGACUAAAACAUGUAUACGCCUCGCGUCGACGAACAAACCCUCCUCCCCGCCAAGAUCUGCCAAACCACGCAGCCCACCCCCCCCCCCCCCCCAACACAAACUACAACGCUCUAUGGUUACCCACAGCUCUUAUUUAUUAGCCACCUGCCACUGCGUCUCUCCCCCCCCCCUCCCUCCCCAUACAAACAAAUACACACACACACACACAUACAUACGCACACACCUGUUAAAAAAGUGAAUUAAUCAUCACAACUACGAGACGACAGGAAGGAUCGGCCAUCAUUUGGUUCCUCUGUUCUCCUAUCCAGUCCACCCCAGUGCGCGUUGGCCCUUCCAUUUUGGUAUCUUUUCACUACGAUUGUCAAUAGAAUAGUCCUGGUCUCCGAGCACUGGUCCCGAGACCUGCUCACCGUGGUUCGCAUGGAACAGUGUCCGGGUGGGAGCUCCGCAGGUCCGGGGUCAGUGCUGGGAACAUGCUGCGGUGCUUUUUCUUCGCUAUACACUAAUUAGACACGUCAUGUGACCACCGAUCCCUAGCAGCACGUAUUAUUUAAAAUGUGCAUGGAUGCCAGACAACCCCCCCCCCCCCCCCCCGUCGCAAAAGAAUCAAGUAUUCUUACCAUCAUUCGUAGAUAUUAUAUUUAACUAAUAUAUAUAUAUAUAUAUAAAUACAUGUAUAAAACACAACUUAUUUGACACCUCCAUCAUAUUGAAUUUGAUUAGAAAAUGAAACGAUUGGAUAAUUGUCUGGUAACUGUGAGAUUGCAUUCAAAGUUCAAAAUUGCUAAAAAAAACAAGUCCAUGAUAUGCAAGCAUGUAUCAGCUCUUGUAGAAAAGAAGCUAUUUUGUACUUCAAAGUAUUACAAUCAUUUGUUUAUUUCCUGAAAUAAUUGGAUAAAAAAAGUAUAUUUUGUAGUUUUUAGCCGUUUACAGUGUGCAAGCAGGCCUCCUAGAAAUGUGCUGUGCUUGUGUUUUUCCACUCGAGAACCAACCGUAAGAAAAAUAAUCCAUCACCCCACACAUAACAC